UAUCUGAAGAGGAUGGCAGUAGCACACGGCAAGAAGAACAUUCCCAAACAACCCAUAAAAGAAAUGCUCUGAAGAGAAAUAGAAAAAUAGAAAUAGGAUGGAUGCAUUAUGAUGAAGACACUGAGGUUUUCAAGCAGGUUAGAGCUAGACGAGGAGGAGGAACAAGAAAAAUAGACAUUUGCAAGGAUGGCAAGAAAAGGGACACAUUACAGGUUGCAACAGGCCUGUUCUUUCCAGAUGGAGGAAACAUUCAGGGGCCCUUAACAGAUUUUGACUGUGAUCUAAAGGAUUAUCAAGAGAUGAUAGUCGAUGAUGCAUUGACAGUAGGAGAACUUUAUCAUGUCACAAAACUAAAUAUCCUCAGGUUCUACCUCACCACAAAGAAAAAACAAAAUGACAGCCUUCAGAGUUCCAGCCCAGGUUUGCAUCCAUCUUCAGAAAUUGAAGAGAGUCCUCAAAACCAAACCUCUUCUUUUACUGUCACUACAGUCCAAACAUCUGCUCCAUUUGAAACAAUCAGCCAUGAUGUGACAUACAUUGAAGACACUCCAAACGAUAACCUUCCACAAUCUUCCACGCAGUCUCUAAGUGCUAACACUUCUCACAGCAGUGACAUUAUUUUUGUUGGCCCCUUUUCUGACAGUGAGCCAAUAAAUUUGGAUGACACCCUGAUUUUUUCUCCACACCCUGGUCCAUCCAGUGAGAGAGUGAGGAGAGUAGUGGUGGUCCACAGAGGGCAGGUAAUGUCAGAGCUCAUUUCACAUUUUAGUGAUAAGGACCUUGAAGAUGUCGACAUCAAAAUCCAGUUCGUACUGCCUGAUGGAACACCUGAAAUGGCCCAUGACGAUGGGGGAGUUGUGAGAGAUUGUCUUUCAGAAUUCUGGAAAGAAUUCUAUGACCAGUGCACCACUGGAAAUGUGUGCAAAGUGCCCUUCUUAAGGCAUGAUUUUGGGCAACAGGAGUGGGAGAGUGUGGGCAGAAUCAUUGCAUUUGGAUGGGUUAGAGAGAAAUAUCUGCCUGUGAAAAUUGCACCUGCCAUUCUAGAACAAGCUGCCUUUGGAUAUGUAAAGAGUGAUAUUGUGGAGGAUUUCCUUAAGUUCAUGCCUGAAUCUGAGCGUACAGUGUUAGAGGCGUGGCGAUCAGACUUUAGCAUCGUGGACCAAGAAGAACUUAUAGACAUACUUGAUAACCACAGCUGCAGAAAGAUACCAACAGCCUACAAUGCCACUGAAGUCCUAUUGGAGCUUGCACACAAAACACUUGUCCAAGAGCCUGCCUAUGUUAUUGAACAGUGGGCAAGAACACUCAGCACUGCAUGGGAAAGCAUUUGUGAUCUAUCGUCACUUUUUGAAACCCUCCAACCAAAUGUGAGAAAAGUUCUCAAGUGUCUCACUUUCCCUGAAACAAUGACGGCUCACCAGAAGCUGAUUCAGAAAUAUCUAACUACAUAUGUGAAGAAUGCUGAGAAGGAACAUUUGUGUUUGUUCCUCAGGUUUUGCACAGGUUCAGAUUUACAUCUUGGAAAGAACAUCAUCAUUGGGUUUAACGAACUUAAAGGUUUCCAGAGACGACCUGUGGCACACACAUGUGGAUGUGUACUGGAGCUGUCGAUAAAUUAUGACAGCUAUCCUGACUUCAGAUCGGAGAUGAACAGUGUGUUGGAAUCAAAUGUGUGGGUCAUGGACAUUAUCUAAAGGUUUGAUUCACAGACAAUGGCUUAAAAGCCAUUGUUGUUUUACAACAAAUUAUAUUUGAGUUGUGAACUAAAACUAAAGUGUUCCCAAGUGAAUGUCACAUCAAAGGUUUCAGGUGUUUAAAAACUGAGUUCUAAGAAAAAGUCUUUGGUGAAAUACCACUGUAAUGUAAUUUGAGGUACUUCUUUGUGUUUGUGUUUUCGUAUUACAACUGAGGCAAUAUUUUUCUAAACA